CCGCGGCAAUCGCGUGUUGAAGUGCGUUUUCUGCGGCCACGAGUUCUAGGGCAACCAGUUCGUGGCAGCGCGCCAUUUCCGCCAGGGCAAGGGAUGUCCGGAAGUGACAGACGAGGCACUUGUCGACAUUCACUAUGACAGUGAGUACAAGAUGUCCGAGAAGUUCCUAGAGCGGAUACAGCGAUUUGAGGAACUUCACGUUGCGGCGCCUGCGGUGGAUCCGCAACGGGACGAGGGGGGGGAGGGAGAGAUGAGGGACGCGGGGGAGCAGAUCAAUGUGGACGACGACGACGAGGAGGUUGCACGGGCGGGGUCGUUAAGGAGGGAGCGAGGGAAGGGCGUUGUCAGCGAGCCGGGGGGGCAGCAGGGCCAGUACUUUGCGUCGGCGCACGUGUCAGUUCGUGCACGGGCAGGUGCGGAUACGCCUGAGGCAAGUGUGUCUGCGGGGAAGAGGAAGGAGAGAGAGGAGGGGGACAGACCGACGGCAGCAGCCGCAACACAGAAGAGGAUGAGACAGAACACGAUCAUGGAGUCGUUCACUUCAAAGUGGCAGAUGGAGUUCAAGAAGAAGUGGCUGCGGUUUGUGUACAUUCAGCGCCUGCCGUUCAACGUCUUCCGGAGCGAGCCAUGGUUGGACGUCGUCCGACACUUCAGGGACUUGCCGGGGCCAGUGAAGGUGUUGUGGCCUUCAGAGAAUGAGAUCGCGGACAUAGAGACCAUUGUCCACACGGCGGACGAUGUGGGAGCUGAUCUCGCGGAGGUCAGGGCUCCUUUCUAUGUCACGGGGGCCACCAUUAUGUCAGACGGAAGGAAUUCACGUGAUGCUAGACCCAUCGUUAACUUCCUUGCCGGCGGGUCGCGUGGGGUGAUGCUCGUCCGGACGAUGAACAGGGAGGGUGAGCGGGAUCGGGAGCCUGAUGUGUUGGCGCAGUGGAUCAAGGUGUUCGAUGACUUCCCCCCUAAGUGGGUGAACGCCAUCUCCACCGACUCCGCCUCGGCGUACGUCGCCGCGGCGAACAUGCUCCAGGGGCCCCAGCAGAGGCUGGAGCAUCGACGGAUCACGUGGCUCCCAUGCUCAGUGCAUGUCUGCAACAAGAUGUUGUCAGACAUUGGCUGUUCGGGCCCGUGGUCCAAGGAUAUCAUCGUGAGGGGGAGAGCGGUGGUGCGCUUCAUUAAGGAGCACGACGCCGCUCUCCAUAUCUUCCGGGGGGAGAGCAGUCAGAUGGGCCUCAUCUAUCCUUGCAAGACACGUUUCGCAUCCGUGUUCGUGAUGGUGGAGCGUUUGCUGGCAGUGAGGUCAGCUUUGGAGAGGACGGUGGAUGGCGAUAGUUGGGGUAUGGUCCCUUGGGACCAUUCAGUUCGUCAUUUGGCUAGGUGGGUCAGGUGGCAGGUGCGACAUGGCAGUUGGUGGGAUUCCAUGGGCAUCUUGCUCCGUAUCAUGGAGCCUGUGUACGACCUGCUGCGCAGGUUGGACCGCGGAGGGCUGCACAUGUCGCGGGUGGUUGAGUGGACGCACGAUCUGGCCCGCCAGGUGGCAGAAGAGGUUUGUGCACUUCCGCCUGAUCUUGCACACUACAUUGUGCAGAGGGUGCAGGCUCGAUGCGCUCACAUGCUGGAGCCGGCGCACGCUGCUGCUCACCUCCUCUGUCCCAGCCGGCGGGACUUGCGGUACUUCGAGGGCGUGGUCAGCGACUACGAUGCGAGCUUGGUGAGGGAGGCGGAAACUUACAUCUUGUCGCAGACAGGGUUCAGUGUGGCGAGCCGCGACUACGAGACCGCAUGUGCACAGUUGCGCGACUUCCACACACGGAGGGGGACGAUUGCUUGGGGGGGGAGAGACGGAGACAGAGAUGCACAGAGGUGCAGGGGCGAUGCGGAGAUGUACGAGUCCGAAUGUUGGUGGUCGAGGUAUGGGCAGUGCGCCCCGCAGUUGCAGGUUAUCACUCUUUGUGUGAUGUACAUGUGGACGUGCUCCUCUCCUGCGGAGAGGAAUUGGGCCGUCCACGAGGGUGUACAGACGAAGACGCGUAACCGGCUUGAGUUCGAGAAGGUCGCGAAGUUGGUUGAGAUCUCAGCCAACGUCCGCCUUCUAUCUCAUCAGCGAGCAGGUCGCGGGUUCGCGCUGCCGUGGACUCUAGAUGAGUCGUUGUUGGACGUGGAGGGAGGUAUCGGGAUUCGCCCCUCGCGGAAGGGGACGGACGAGAGUAGGACGAGGGAGGAGGUCGAGGAUCAGAGAUGUUCAUGGCUGCGAGACCCAUGUGGGUCCAGAGCUCCUCCGGGUGAUGUGGGCGAUGUUUUCGAGACUCGAGCCGCCACAUUGCACCCGUACCCUCGAGACGACAGUGAUUCCGAGGGUCACGAGGACGAGGACGAGCCGGCGGGCCCCACAAGCACCACUCCUGCGGCGGAUGAGCGUGAUGAGUGGAGCGACCCAGAGGACGUCUGUAGACGGAGUGGCGGAGAUGACCUUUUCAUUCAGGUUGAUUUGGAGGAGGAGUCUAAGGGUCGUCCUGGGAGCCCUUUAGAGCGUCCGAGGCCUACGUCCACCGUUUCGCUUCCCGCUGAGCGGGAGACAGAUCCUGGGUCUGCACCUUCGAGGGGGGCAGAGUCGGGGAUUGGCCAUCGUCCUCUGGGUCGCUCUGGCACGACAUCCUCCACCGCUCUUCCCACUUCGACGGAGCAGGUUCAUCGACAGCCAGCCGUUGCAGAUCGAUUGCAGAGAUUGGUGAGGGGCCCGAGACAGCGAUUGGAGGACAGAUUGGAGGGCGGUCCUGUGCCGGUGCAGGGUGACGACGGAGACAGACACGGGUUGGUUGGUGGAUAUGGUGGUGCGCUGGGCGGAGGUGGAGGCGGUGCCGAGGCUGAUGCGGCGGUUGAGGGGAUACCGAUGGACGGCGGAGGCGGUUUCAGUGAGUUUGGCGAUAUGGGUAUGCCCCCGGGAGAUAGUGUGGGUCUGGCCCUAGGAGAGAGCGAGUCCCGUGGGGACAUCAGUGUGGGUAUGCAGGACUUAUUGGGACAGAUCAGCUUUGCGGACCCGAGUAGUUUCUCCCCUGCCAUGCGCGCAGAGGUGAUGUUGGGGGCAGAGGGGGAUGAGGACCGGACACCCCCUGGCGAGACAUCUGCAGAGAGGCUGGAUAAGCUUGAUAGUCGUCGAGCGUGCCUCAUGGCACAGAGGGACCCCAGGACGCAGGAGCUCGCCCGUCUUGCGGCUGAGGACCGACAGAGGCAGCUGGGGACAUUUACGCCGGCGUCUGUUGACACACGGCCAGCUGCCCACACGGAUACUUCGGUAGAGGUUCACGACACGAUGCAGCGGGAGGCAGCUUUGGCAGAGGUUUCGAGUACGGAAGUGGAUGUCCAGCAGGGGACGCACGAGAGCGGGUUGGCACCGACAGAGGAGCCACGUUCGGAGUCGGCGCAACAUCCUGCCGUGGAGCGGAGGCCAGAGGAGACAUUGAAGGAGGUCAUGGGCAUGCCUCUGCCUGCGGGUUCAGUCGAGGGUGCCGUGCAUAUGUCCCCGGGUCUGGAGGACAUACCGACGGGGCAGUCAGUGGGCGUUGAUGAUAUUUGCCCAUCGGCACAGGCGGAGGGGAUAGCGCCGACCACCGGGGGGGACGGGGCCGUAGCGGGGACCGUUGGUGCUGGCGGGUCGGGGGUGCCGUUCGCGGCCGAUUCGAUGUCCACGUCUGGCGGGGGAGACCCCGCACAGGUGGACUGGCGUGACGCGGACGGACAGGAGAUACCACAGACUUUGGUGGUUCGCACUGCUGUGGGGCCAGUGGUGCCACAUCAGACACCGUUUUUGGAGGGUCUUAGGCGUCCUGCACAUGGUGGUGGCCCAGUCGAGGAGCUACGUGUAGGCAGGGGCGCGUGCAUACCCCCGGUCCCUACUUUUGCGCCGUCACGGACGAGGCCGGAGAUAAGGCAUGUGGCUACGCCUCGAGGCAGCCUCCCUUUUGGUUUUAUGACCGCUGAGGAGUUGGAGGACCACGGCAGGAGGGAUUUGACGGAGAUCGACCAACGCGUUUUGAGGUCAGUCCCAGGGGAGGGGAAGCUGCCUCACGUGCAGGACUUAUCUUGGGGGCCAGCCAGCCCCAGCUUACCUUCUGGGUGUUCCGUCGCAGCGCCAUCUGGCGGGGCUGCAGGUGGCUUACCUUCUGGAGGUUCCGUCGCAGCGGCAUCGGGCGGGGUCGUAGGGGACUUACCUUCUGGAGGUUCGGUCGCAGCGCCAUCUGGAGGCGCCGCAGGCCCUUCGUCACCCUUGAGCGCAACUCCGAGGGAGGGCGGCAGCCUCACCCCGAGGUCAGUUGCCCGUAGACGGAGAGACACUACCCAGUGUGCGCGGGAGUUGCUGGACACCAUGUUGUUCAGUCGCACAGAUCGACCAUGGAGUGAGACGAGACGGGUGACGACGGCGAGUGCCGGUAGUCAGCCAGGUUUGAUAGGGGUUUCCACGAGCGCUAGACGUCCAGAUGUUGUAGCUGCAGGGUUUGGGGGUAGAGGGGGUGGCGGCGGUGGUAGUGGUGGUGACUGUGACGAUAGAAGUGAGGGUGCAGGCGGUGCCACGACGAGCGCAGUGGAUCCGCCGCGGAUGUAUGGUUUGAGAGAGGCGUCGAUUAUUUUGGAGGAGCCUGAUGUUGUUACACGACUGAGGCAGACCCGACACGUGCCCUUAGAUCGACGCCAGGAGGGGGAGACUUCAGGGACUGACGGUCUGCCUAUGGCACGUGAGGCACGCCGACGUGAUGACCUAGCAGCAGCAGCCAUCAGGACGGUGAGAGGCAGGAGAGUCAUUAUGGACGACGAUCCCGACGAGCUUCCCGUCACUCCCGAGCCUCCCGCUGGCGGACGUGGCGGCCAGCGUCAGAGAGAUCGAGAAGGCGGCAGGGGUCGGUCCCACGGAGGAGUUUCUCAUCGGUCCCAGCGAGAUCCGCGUGCGCACGACGAUCAUUGACGGAUUAUGGACUUGCAUUUUCGUA